CAUACAAGUAAUUUCUAGUGUGAAUAAACAUUGACAUUUUUGACAUACACACAAUUCGAAUGGAAAUCAAUCAAUUACUACCAUUCAUUGCUGUUGGAUUUAUCUGGGGCGUAACGAAUCCACUAAUUAAACGCGGGUCAUGUGGCAUACAAGCCAAUACCAAAAAAGCUAACAACAAACUCCACCAAGCAUUUUUGGAGCUUAAAUUUUUAGUGCUGAGAUGGCAAUAUAUUUUACCAUUUUUACUUAAUCAAAGUGGCAGCUUAUUGUAUGUGUAUUUUUUACAAGAUUCCGAAAUUUCAUUGGCUGUUCCAAUUACACAGUCAUGCACAUUUUUGUUUACAACAUUGGCGGCUCUAUGUUUGCGCGAACGAAUUCCAAGCAAAUUAACGUUUUUCGGAAUAGCGCUCAUUUCCAUCGGAAUUAAUAUUUGCAUAGCAUCAAAAUUGUAGACAAUGUCAUACACACACACCACUAAUAAAUCACUGUUUUAAGUUCAUCAAUUUUA